GCCCACCAUCGCGUCGCUGCGUUGCGCUGCGUUCCUUUUCUUUUGCCUCUUGCUCUCCGCCUCCUCCUCCUCCUGCCUGCCUGCCCCCGAGUCGAGUCGCUUCCACCCACCUCACCUCCCCCUCCCUCCCCCUCGUCGUCCUCCUCCUCCUGCUCCUCGCGUCGCGUCGAGGCGAACGAACGAAGGGGGCGCGGCGGCGAGCGGGGGAGGCCGGAAUGCCCGCGCAGAAGCGCCCGGCCCCGGAGGCGUCGGCUCAGGUGGGGGGAGACGGGCACGUGGAAGGAGCUGCUGCUGCUGGUGGUGGUGGUGGCGCCGAGGACGCCCCACGCGGCGGGGAGCGCUCCCCGAAGGUGAUGAACGGAGGCGGUGGGAUGGAGAAGGAGAAGGAGCAGCGGGACGCUGAUUCUGAUGCGGAGGAGGAGGAAGGCGGCGGCGGUGGAGGGGGCGACGAAGACCGCGACAGCCAGUCUUCGGAGAGCGACGGCGACAUGGAGGAGUUUAUAUUAGUGAAAUUAAUGGAUAUACGGAAGGAAGUGCAGUGCCCUAUAUGCUUAGGCAUUAUCCGGAAGACAAGGACAGUUAUGGAGUGUUUGCACCGGUUUUGUAGGGACUGCAUAGAUAAAUCCAUGAGGCUAGGAAAUAAUGAAUGCCCAGCAUGCCGCACCCAUUGUGCAAGUAGGCGUUCUUUGAGGGAUGAUCCUAAUUAUGAUGCUUUAAUUUUGGCUCUGUAUCCAGAUAUUGAUAAGUAUGAGGAAGAGGAACUUGCUUUCAGCGAAGAGGAGAGGACUCGCAACAAAAAGAUUCAAGCAUCCAUCGCUGAAACAUUUCGAAGACAAACAGAAGCACUUGUGAAGAAGCGUUCCAUUGCAAAAGCAACAAGUUCAACGAUUUCCAGAAGGACCAGGGGUAAUACACGGUCAAAAAGGAGGGGGCGAACUAGUUCUCCUGAUAUUGUCGCAACUGACAAUGAUGAUGAGGAUAGAGAUGAAAAUGGUAAUGAGGGCAGCAAAGAAUCGUCUUCUGUUGAUGACCGUUCCCCAGAUGUAAGGCAGAAAAGAGCUCGGAGGUGGCCUGUGCCACGAUCAUCCCCUGCUAAGACCAUUGGGGGUAUUGAUAGUAGUUUUGAAGACAACGAUGAUUUAGGAAGUGGCAGAGAUAUCUUGACCACUUCUCCACUGCGGGGAGAGAUGCUUGCUUGGGGAAAAAAUGGCACCCGCAGUCAAACUCGACAUGGCAAUUCUGGUGGCUCCAGUGGAAGGAUGGCAAAAGGUGGGCGGGUUACCAAGUUGGUGGACUACCUACGCAAUACCGAUGAAUUUGAUAAUAAGUUCAACUUGUAUCUUGUUCUACUUCCACUUAAUGGACAGAGCAUGCCUAAAUUGGAAAAGCCUUAUCUCAGUUGCCAACCGACCUUCUCAGUUCGCCAUCUUUGCCAGUUUAUUGCUCUCCAAUUAUCUCGCCAUGCUAAAGAAGUGGAGAUAUUCGUUAGGAAGAACCCCAUAAAUGGAUGCUUUGCAGCCACGGACACUAGUACAGAUGAGAUAAAACUGGAUCAUGAUACCUUAGAAAGAUUGGAGGAAGAGAAAUCUCUUUCAGAGCUGUACCCUUCACUUGCCUCUGGCCAUGGGGAUCUGGAAUUAUUGUACUCUCUGAAGACAGAAGCAUAGAUCACGAUUUGUGACACAUGUUCAUAUCAAUUUGCACAACUCACCGGGAAGGCGGGAAUACGAUGGCAUGCAGGGAUCAUCCGAUGAAAGCCUGUACAAAGUAUCAAGUAUAGAAAAAAGUAUCAGCAAACUUAGCUUUUCCUUGGUUGUGGCUUGUUAAAUUGCUCUUGAUCUUGAGACAUGUACAUGGUUCAUUCGUUUAAAUUGAAAUGCAUGAGUGAAAUUAAGUAGCGAUCGUACAAAAAUGAAAUGAAGUAGUGAUCUUGCUGACCCUGACCACCGUU